AUGCUCUCAGACAACGAGCAGCUUCAGCCUACCCAUGUGCAGCUGGGUAUCGCAACAAACCACGCUCGAACCUAUUGGCAUCAGCUUGCCGAGGAGGUUAUUGCAGACCAUGAAGGUGGAGUCCUUCUCGGAUCAAGUCUUUUACAGAAACUGCUUUGCAGAGUCCCUUCUAUACCUACUCAGCCCUUGGCCGUUAAUGAGGUACUUUCCUCCGAUACCACCACGAAAUCAGUUUUGGCUGCUGCAUCAUCAACAAUGCGCGUGAUUGAGCCAGGGGGAUGCGAAGUCGGAGGCAAAUCAAAAGAAAAUAGAGCAACCUUACUGAUCGGCAUCCAGACGCCAACCACCUGUCAGUUUUCUGGAGACGCCUUCCGUCAAUGGCGGACGGCGGGAACCGCCAAGUCAAAUUCUUCAAACUACAUCGGGAUCUUGUCUCUUGCUUGGUCCUACAUUCUCUCAGCCCGUUUGUUGGAACUUCAAGACCAAGAAGGUGCCGAGCUUAUUUAUACUAGCUCAACGGCAAACCCUCGCGGGACCAAUGUUGUGGAUACGGACGAGUCAAAGCGUUCAGAUUCUCAAGUGAUUGAAAUUGACAUCGGGGAGGCCGACAUCAACGUUGCUCGAUGGUGGAUGGCCAUAUUAGCCCCCAAUCAAGGAUGGAAGGCAGUCUUCACCAAAAGAAAUGAUGAUGUCUAUCUGGCACCUUGGUCAAUUGACUUGGGAGGGAAGGCAUUAUUCGGAAUCCUAUGGCAAGGCAUAGGGGCUUCUGCGCCAGACUUUCUCGAAUGUUUUCCACUUUCCUCCCAGGAGGCCUUGACAGCUCUAUCUGAUUUCUGCUUGUUAUAUGGCCUUGGAGAUCAAUUUUUUGCCGCGUUUGCAGCAGCAUUGACAUAUCCGACGAACAAAUAUUACGAACAAAGAAUUGAGUUGCCAUCACCAAGCAUCUCCCUUGACAAGGUGGAAAUCACACCAGAUAAAGCAUUAGCGAGCGAAUAUAUGGCACUUGGUGAUGACCUUGCCUAUUACAUGGCCCUGAGUUGCAACCCUAAUGUCGUGAUGUCAAGCCUUUCUGGAUCAUUCUGGGAGCCUGGCAUCCCCUGCAACCUUGUUAGUCCUUGGCUGCAUCCUGUUGUGGAAGAAUUGCCAAAGAGAUCAGGAUUAGCAGAAGCACCAAGUCGAUACUUUGAAUUGAUCACUUUGAUGUGCGGAACCCGUCGCCCGAACCUUUUCGCUCUUUGGGUGGGAGCUGCACUAAGUGGACUUGUGUCGAAGGUCAUUGAUCUUGCCAAAAGUGGAACGCCUCCUCUCGACCCGAAUGGGUAUGCGUGGACUUCCUCGGCGCAGAGUUUUAUGGACUUUGCAGGCUCAGGCCCGUAUUUCGGCUCUGAUGCGUGUGGGGAAUUUGCAAUCAAGAGAGCCGACGCUUGGAGACUUCUAUACCUUCCUGUCACAGAGGAUGAUGGACUAUAUUAUAAUAGUCUCCCAUUUUCUCCCUGGCCCCCCAUAGGGCAAAUGAAGGAGAAAAACUGUGCAUUACGGGUCCAAACGCAUAAAGACUGCCCGAGGCACAAUCUGGCCUAUUGUGACUGGGCAUGGCAACUACGUGAUAGUACCGUUUUACGCGACAGAGGUUUUCGGCUCCAAAACCAUAACAUUUUCCACCGAGUUCAAUCCGGCAUGUCGCCCAUGAAUUUCAGCUUUCAGUCUCAGCCAGAAACUCCUGUUUUUCCAACACAGAAUGCAUCACGUGAAGCCUCGUUUGAGAUUUUUCGAUGGGUGUUGGCAAACCAUGAAGGAAAGCCACCCUCUGAACCUAUAUAUGAUGACGCUUGGAUAGCAGGAUGCGACGACACGGACGGGUCGGCUGCAGAGGUGGGAAGCAGUAGCGAAAGCGACUUUGGUUUAGGAGAUGCGGAUUCUUCACUGGAUAAUGUCUGCGACAAACUAUCGUCCACUACACAAGAAAGUCGCAUAUUGCAAUGGGUCGAUAAUAUUUCUAGCACAGAUUGA